CUCCAGUUUUGCGCUAAUCCUUGCCUUCGACCGAGCCGCGCCCCCGAAGGACUAACGCCCGCGUAAGUGAAACCCGGAGCAGCAUACAUAUUUUUCCCCAUACGUCGUCGCCGUCGAAUCCCACACGACUAACACAAUCAAUCUCCGAGAAUGUCAGCUCUUUUCGACAAAGUCAAGUCCAGAAUGUCGUCGUCACUGCCGUUGGCCUAUCCGCAGACGCUCUACAGUCCAUUUCGACGUGGCCGCUCCGUCUGGAGCAGGUAUCGUAACCUGAUCAUCGCGCACAUCGUUUUGUUCUUCGUUUACGCCGCUGUUUUGGUAUCAGUGGCCUCACGGCGAUCGAAAAGUCCGCGGGACAGCGGCUUACCGUUUUCUCCUGCUAUCGAAGCGCUGGAGUUUGAGGAACACAAAUUCUCUCUCGAAGACAGAAUCCAAGAACGUGGCUCGUUUUCGGGGAAACCAAGCCCGCAACUCGACCAGGCGUGGCAUGAUCUUCUCAACUACGAGAACAUCAAGCUCGAGCCAGAAGUGAUGAAGCACUACGAGCGAGAGGACAUUGGGGUGGCGUUGCCAGAGGGGGGUGGAUACAUCGGCACGUUGAACGUGUACCACGAGCUGCAUUGCCUAAAGCGGCUGCACCAGUACAUGUACCAGGAGUACUAUUGGCCGGACUUGGACGCGAAUCAGCUGGAGAUGAACCGGCUGCACAACGAGCACUGCAUCGACUUCCUGCGCCAAUCGGCCAUGUGCCAUGGCGACAUCGGACUCAUCACCUUCGAGUGGAAGGAAAGCAGCCGCAUCCCUGUCGCCAACGCGACGACGCACCAGUGCGUCAAUUGGGACAAGCUGGAUCGGUGGACGCGGGCGCGCUCGGUGGACAUGAUGAGGCCCGGGUGGCUGGUCCAUCCCACACUUGGCCUGGCCUACCCAAAAGGAGAAGGCGACAAAAUUGGGGCGUUGCAGGUUGGGGACCAUCAUGACCACUAGAUGCGUAGGUAGGGAUGGGAACGCGUGGAGGCAGAAGCGCAGGAAUAAAACAGGCGCAU